AUGGCGCAAUUUUGGAAGCCAGGGACUGUGAAGCCUCGCAUGCUCGACGACGAAGAAGGCGGCGUUCUUUUCUACUCCGCCUCCCCCUCCUCUUCAUCCACAUAUGGGCAUGCGAGCUUAGAGAAGCAGAGGCAGAGAUUACCUGUGUUCAAGUAUAGAACGUCGAUUUUAUAUCUGGUGGAGACUCAUUCUACUACCAUCAUCGUCGGCGAAACGGGAAGUGGCAAAACCACUCAAAUCCCUCAGUACCUCAAGGAAGCAGGCUGGGCAGAUGGCGGGCGCAUCAUUGCAUGCACUCAACCAAGACGAUUGGCUGUGCAGAGUGUUGCUGCACGGUUGGCAGAAGAAAUGGGAGUAAACCUUGGGGAGGAAGUCGGUUAUACUAUUCGAUUUGAAGAUGUGACAAAUUCAGACUUAACAAGGAUCAAAUUUCUCACGGAUGGAGUAUUACUUAGGGAAAUGAUGGAUGAUCCUCUCCUAAGCAAGUACAGUGUGAUUAUGGUGGAUGAAGCUCAUGAAAGAUCCCUUUCAACCGACAUAUUGUUGGGUCUCCUGAAAAAGAUACAACGCCGUAGGCCCGAGUUGCGCCUAAUUAUUGCAUCAGCUACUAUUGAAGCAAAAUCGAUGGCUGCAUUUUUUCAGACCAGGAAAAGGCGGCCUCAAUUGGAAGGAGAAGAUCAUGGACUGAAGACAGAACCUGCUAUUUUGUCCGUUGAGGGUCGAGGAUUCAAUGUACAGAUUUUCUAUGCCGAGGAGCCUGUUUCCGACUAUCUCCGAGCUACCGUUUCGACAGUUAUGUCUAUUCAUAAUAAGGAGCCAAUGGGAGAUAUUCUUGUCUUUCUAACCGGGCAAGAUGAUAUUGAUUCUGCAGUUCAAUUGAUCACAGAAGAAGCCCAAAAUGAUGGCAAGUCUUCUUUAGGAAUGAUUGUUUUGCCUUUGUAUUCGGGCCUCACUCGUGCAGAUCAGGACUUGGUGUUUUCUCCUUCCCCUAGAGGGAAAAGGAAGGUAGUGAUCUCAACAAACAUUGCAGAGACAUCCUUGACGCUGGAGGGUAUCGUGUAUGUUAUUGAUAGUGGCUUCUCAAAACAGCGGUUCUACAACCCGAUUACAGAUAUAGAAAAUCUUGUAGUGGCACCAAUAUCCAAGGCAUCUGCUAGGCAAAGGGCUGGACGGGCUGGACGAGUACGGCCAGGGAAAUGUUACAGGCUCUAUACAGAAGAUUAUUUUGUGAAUGAGAUGUCUUUAGAGGGUAUUCCUGAGAUGCAGAGAUCGAACCUUGUUUCUAGUGUGAUUCAGUUAAAAGCCUUGGGCAUCGAUAAUAUCUUAGGUUUCGAUUGGCCAUCAUCACCGUCACCUGAAGCAAUGGUUAGAGCUCUUGAAGUACUUUAUUCACUUGGAAUUCUUGAUGACGAUGCUAAACUUACUUCACCAGUCGGAUUCCAAGUUGCAGAGCUACCAUUGGAUCCGAUGAUCUCGAAAAUGAUUAUAGUUUCCGACGAACUUGGAUGUUCGGAAGAAAUCAUCACUGUGUCUGCUAUCCUCUCAGUUCAGUCAAUAUGGAUUUCCGUUAAGGGGCAGAGGGAGCUUGAUGAAGCCAAAUUGAGAUUUGCCGCAUCAGAGGGUGAUCAUGUGACCUUCCUCAAUGUAUACAGGGGGUUUCUUCAAUCUAAUAAAUCAUCAAAAUGGUGUCACAAAAACUUUAUCAAUUACCAUGCAAUGAAAAAAGUUAUUGAAGUUAGAGAACAGUUAAGAAGAGUAGCACAGCGACUAGGGCUGGCCUUAAAAUCAUGCCAAAACGAUAUGCAGGUACUAAGAAGGGCCGUGACUGCUGGAUUUUUUGCUAACGCAUGUCGUUUAGAGCCAUACAGUCAUAAUGGGACAUACAAGACUCUUAGGAGCUCUCAAGAAGUUUACAUUCAUCCAUCAUCCGUAUUAUUCAGGGUGAACCCCAAAUGGGUUGUUUAUCAUUCAUUGGUCUCGACUGAUCGCCAGUACAUGCGGAAUGUGAUUUCCAUCGAUCCUUCGUGGUUGAGAGAGGCUGCACCUCAUUUUUAUCAGCAACAACCAAUGAAUCCUACACACCACUAGGGAUGAAAUGCUCACUAUUCACAUGUGCAUAUGUCUCUCGUUUGAAUAUUGCUCCAUCGGUCUCGAAAAAGUGGUUUUUGUUUUUAUCCCCAAAAAUGUUUCAAUUCAGAGUAAGUGUUAGCACCAUAUCAAAAUUACUCGUGUCAUCGGUUAACAUCCUAUGAAUUUGGACGAAACUGAUCCAAUCCAGUCAUUUAUUAGAUGUUGAAUGGAUAGUUGGGUCGGAUCAGUUCCAUCAAUUGGAUAAUAUGAGUACCAUAUAAAAUAAAUCAUUAAUCCUUGAUACUUGGGUGGUGAUUGUUCAGUUUUACUGGAUUUUGAAUUGGCAUUCCACAACCAACCGAUUCAAUUUGGAUAUUGAAAUUUUGGAUCCAAUCCAAUAUAAGCUUAUUUGAUCAGCCAACUGUAAUUGAAUCAGAUGAU